AUGGACGAGGACAAGCGGCUGCCGUACCCGCUUUCCACGCGCUCGACCAGUAGCGCGACUCUCUCGGGUCGCUCGCGGUAUGCCGUUCCGUCAAUCGGUAGCAGCAGUAGCAGUAGCGCUGGGAGCCGCUUUCCGUCCACCGAGCGCUCGCGACAGCUGAACCUCAGCCAAGUGUCGACGCUCAGCGCCGUCUCCACGUGCUUUGACGAGCUGAGUCGCGUGUCGCGCUACUCGUCCGCGUCAUCGACUUCCUCGACGUACUCGGCCACGUCGUCAGCUGCUUCUUCCAGUGGCAGUGGCGGCGAUCGUUGGGCCCCGCAGCACACGUCCAACUCGUGCACUUUGUGCCGCGAGAAGUUCUCGUUGCUCCGUCGGUCGCAUCGCUGUCGACGCUGCGGCUACUUGUUCUGCGCCAAGUGUUCGCGGUUCAAGGCAGCGUUGACGGGCCACACGCACAAAUCGAGGCUAUGUGAGACGUGCUUUCCCAAGGUCUUGUCCGGCAGCAAGCCGCCGAUGAAUGCAUUUGUGCACUCGAAAGCAUGGGUGCCCCGUGGUGUGUUUACGCACAUGCUGAGUUAUUUAAACCACGUGGAUCUGUGCUUGGCGUCCAUGACGUGUCGCUUCUGGUACAAGAGAGCGCUGCUGGACAUUACGUGGCGUCCGUUGUACAUUAAGGGGUUUGGAGAUGACGAGAGCAGUCCACAGCGCAAGUCGUUGGUGGCUUUCCAGCGCGAAGUGCACGGCAUAGGGUUUGAGAACUUGUCGUGGUACAACAAGUUUGCGAUCCGCUGGACCGCGCGCAAAGCUGCGGAGAAGAAAAAGAGCUUUUUGGUCAUGUCUAGUUUGCUGGCAUCGCUGAAGCUCAGCAAGUACGCCCCGCUGUUUGAGGCCGAGGAGAUUGACAUUGAGUCGCUGUGUCUGAUGAAUGCCGGCCACCUGCGUGAUCUCGGCAUUCCUUUCGGUCCUCGCAUGAAACUGCUGAAUGCUGCAGCGUGUUUGGCGGACUUUAACGAAGAUGACGACGAGGAUGACGACGACGAGCGACCGUCCAUGGAGUCCCAGCCAAUCACGCCGGUUGCUCGAUUCAAGCAGAAGCGUGCCGAGAUGAAGCAUUUUCGAGCUGGCCUGGUUCGCCGCGUGCAGCAGUCAGCGGUGCGGGUUGCUAUCCUGACCAACGAAGGAGAGCUUUGCAAUGUGGGCUCUGGCAUCAUCAUUCACGAGGACGGACUCAUUGCUACAGCCCGACAUUGCCUUCAGGGAGAGCAGUUUGACUGCAUUUAUAGCGACGAGUAUAUGAUCUUGGUGGCGCCUACGGAAUCGACGUCGCUGCCGCCGUUAUGGAAGUAUCACGCCCGCGUGAUUCCCGAGUGCUGUAACGAAGAGCUUGACUACGCGCUCUUGCGCUUGGAUUGCGAGGUCAUUUCAGAUCCGCCGAGCGGGCUGUACAUUGGUGACGUGACGGAUCGCACGAUUGCGCGCAACUGGACAGUAACGAAACUAGAAGGCACGUCUCGAGAGACGAUCGGAAAAGUACCGGCUGUGCGCAUUGGCAACUCGAACAACGUCGAGCCAGGAGACGAAAUGUGGAUGUUUGGCUACCCGAGCAGCGGCCACAACACCAUCACCGUGCAUCAUGCAAUCUGCUCUGGAACAGACUCGCAAGUGUACGAGGGUGAAGAAGUGGACAAAGCGAUGCUCCGCACGGCCGCACAGCUGGACAAUGGAUUUAGCGGUGGAGCUGCUGUGGACAGGAAGGGUCUGCUUGUAGGUCUGAUUUCCUUCAGUGUAUUACGUCAAGACCGCGUGCGUGCGAUCAACAUGGUCAAAGGAGCCAUUGAGUAUGCCAAGCGCGAGUAUAAUUUCUCAUGA